AUGAGAUUUUCUAAACUAUCAUUUGAUUUGGCUUUGAUUCAACAAAAACAUCCAACACAACAAAUUGAUUUUUCAUUCAAGAAUGAAUUAAUGAAUAAUUGUAAUUUUAAGGAAUUUAAUAAUCAUGAUGAACGCUUCACAACUCACAAAUCUAAGCACCUCCUUAAAAAUUCAUUUAGCAUCCAAAACCAAACUAUUCAAAUUGAUCUGAGAAAAAAAUUAUUAAAUUCAGGCAUGAAGAAAACUUCAAAUCAAGACAUUCACGUUCAAGUCAAUUUCAUUUCUAAAGCCCUGAAGAACGAACUUAUUAGGAAAGAAAUUCGUCAUAAAUUCAUUUUCUUACAUUAUCAACUAUUCAAUCAACGUAGCAUAAUAAUAUUACGAAAAUGUUAG